AUGCAGGAAUCACGGCCGGCGGCCUUGCUGACGCUCGUGCGUCAUGCCGAGUCGAUGGCCAAUGUAGACCGCGUGCUCCAAGGGGUAUGUGAUGCCCCUCUUUCUCCUAGAGGAUUAAAGCAACUACAGCAGCUGGAGGAUGCGUGGCGACCAACGUCAGCGAGUCUGAAUCUAUUUGAUCUUCCUAAGCCAACCCUGAUCGUGACCAGCCCCAUAGGUCGUGCCAAGCGGACAUCCUGUGCGAUAGCUCGUGGAUGUGGUAUCAAUACUUUGCCAGAGAGCGAUACCACGAUAUUUCGGUCAGCGCACUGCGAAGCACCUCAGCACGUUGCGCAUGACACUGUGCGUGCCGAUGCUGGGCUGUCCGAGCGCCACUUUGGCACUGCAGAAUGCACGCGAAAAAUGCAGCCCGUCCAAGGAUACGAACGCCCGCCGAGCAAGGAGCUAGGGCGAGCCGAAUCUGUGACCGCAUUUUACAAGCGCGCGGCGGACGUCGGCGUCAAAUGGAUGGACUGGCUCGAGACCUAUGCGCGACAUAACCUCCAAGAUCGAGGCUCACCGGACUCAGAUGAUCAAAACAAGGCACCCGAUACGAUACCCCACCUCGUGCUCGUCUCGCACGGCCAAUGGAUCAAUGCUUUUUUGCAGCAGCAUUUGCCUGAUACAUGGGAAAAAGCAGAUCUGUAUUACAUACAAAGCGCGAAUACGUCGCUAUUCACUAUCGGUCUCCAUGUCACGCCUACGUCUCGGCGUCUGGAGCUUCUUCGACGUAAUGAUACACGGCACCUGGACGAGACAACGCGGCCCUCGAAACGUGGUCGGCGUGCCAAGCCCCCACAGCGAACGACACUCACGGCGCUCUGGUCGUAG